AUGGUUCGCUUGGCCGUUUCUUCUCUUCUCACAUUGGCCUUGACGGCUUAUGCUAGUAUUGCACCGGACCCUGCCGGGGUGAAAAACGUCGGCAACGGACAGGGCAAGCAGUUCAUCACGGGACAAUGUAGAAACAACGCUGAUUGUGCGUCCGGAUGCUGUGCCGGCCGAGCCGGUGGUGUGCCCGUCUGUUCUGGUCCUGGCGCCCAGUUCCAAAACGGCAAGACUGGUUGUGGGUUCGUCGAUCAGAGCAACGGUGGUGGUGCUGCAGCGGUCAAUGGCCUUGGCGGCAACGUCAACAACACCAACAGCACAACCAGCAAUAAGGGUAAUAAGAACAGGGGCGGGCAGGCGGCCGGCCAGAACAGCCAGGCCCGACAAAACGGUCGUGUGAACGGCAACAAGGCUUGUGGCCAGGGUGCUAAUCAGAGCCAGAAUCAGAACGGCCAGACCAGUCAAGUUGGUCAGAACGGCCAGAACGGCCAGAAUGGUCAGAAUGGUCAGAAUGGUCAGAAUGGUCAGAAUGGUCAAAACGGCCGGAAUGGUCAGAAUAGUCAGGCUGGCCAGCCUGGUCAAGAUGCUCAAAACGGCCAGAAUGGUCAGAAUGGUCGGAAUGGUCAGAAUGGCCAGCCUGGUCAAGAUGCUCAAAAUGCUCAAAACGGCCAGCCUGGUCAAGAUGGUCAAAACGGUCAGAAUGGUCAGAAUGGUCAGAAUGGUCAGAAUGGCCAAAACGGUCGAAGUGGUCAAAAUGGUCGGAAUGGUCAAAACGGCCAGAAUGGUCGGAACGGUCGGAACGGUCAGAAUGGUCAGAAUGGUCAGAAUGGUCAGAAUGGUCAGAAUGGUCAGAAUGGUCAGCCUGGCCAGCCUGGUCAGAAUGGUCAGAACGGUCAGAAUGGUCAGAACGGUCAGAAUGGUCAGAAUGGUCAGAAUGGUCGGAACGGUCAGAAUGGUCAGAAUGGUCAGCCUGGUCAGCCUGGUCAGAAUGGUCAGAAUGGUCAGCCUGGUCAGAAUGGUCAGAAUGGUCAGCCUGGUCAAGAUGCUCAAAAUGGUCAAAACGGCCAGCCUCGUCAGAACGGUCAGAACGGUCAAAAGGCCUGUGGCCAGGCUGGCAGUCAGAAACAGAAGGCCAGUCAAACCGGCCAAGUCGAUCCGAACGGCAGCGAGGCUUGCGGCCAGGGCGGUAACAACCAGAACGGUCAGACCGAGCAAGCCCUCCUCCAAUGCUUUGGCUCCGAAGACAGGCGUGGUACCCAGGAAAAGGGGGAGAGGAAGGGCCGGGAUCUUCGAAGGGCAGGCCAGCAUCGGAAGCUCCAUUACCCCAGCAACUCGGUGGCCGUCCACAUGACGCUCGGCUUCGGCGAGACGUUCGUCUACCUCAAUCUCCUGUACUACGUGAGCACCCUCAUGCUUCACCGCGAGUACUUCCCCUUCCUGCCGACCCCGGAGUCGGAGCCACGGGGUCCAGUCGACCAGCCCAUGCUGGGGGCGCCCGCCCCCGAGGGCUGGUGGGACGACAGCUCCCGACUCCUCUUCGGCGCGGCAGAGCACAUCGCCGCCAUUCUACACGAGGCCUCCGAGUGUGGCGUGCAUCUCAUGACGCCCUUUGCCGGGUUCUGCGCAUUCUCAGCCGGCUACCUCAACCUCUACGUGGCGAAAUACCCCCGAAUGAACCUGGGCCGCAGCCCGCGAGCAAGCGACUGUCUCAAAAUGUGUCUCGACUACCUGGAAAAGUUUCGACUUGUCUGGAAAAUCGCCGACGGAUGGGGCGGCACGCGCAAGAUCAAAACGAUACACCAUGCAUCCGUGCUCUACGAGCGAGCAACCGAGGACCGGACACGAUACCAGGGGCGCACACGAGCAGACUUUGAUACUCUACACCAGUCUGUCCACGAGUUCCGUGUCGUGGAUAGAUCCGACGCGCAUACUCGGGAGAUUCGGGGCGCGGAGCGGCCCUCGGCGCAGGCGACUUGGCCGGUUCAAGGGCACGAGCACGAGCACGAGCACGAGCACGAGCUCGACACUAAUACCUUGUUGAACCAGCUUUUCGCGGAAGUCAGCAAUAACCUCGACGAGCAGGGGGCCUGGUCUCAAUGGUGGCCGGCGAUUGAUCAGGUGGAUCUUUAA